GUUGCAUUGGGAGUUACGUACGGUUUGGCUACUGCACGCUGUUGUCGUUUGCUCUUCACCUGCCCGUGGGCUUUACCCCGUGUAUGACAGUAGUUUGGACCCGAGGAGCGCGGCACAGCCUCGGUGUGGGUUGUGGUAAGAGUAAAGCCAGUCGGAACUCUGAUAUGGAGGACCACUAGCUUUACGUCCUGAGAGAGAAAUGCUAACUACGUUUAGCUUUGUAUGCUCAGCUGGUAGCGUAACGCUGUCUUUUACCCCUCCCCAAAUACGAUUGGUAGGGUAACUAAUCUUAGUUGAAUACCGAACUAACUGUGUAGUUACUUGCCCGAAGAAACACUCGACUUGGAUAGUGACAUACGUUUCAAACUGGUCCCCUAACCUAACUUAAUAGACACGCUGACCUUCCGCGAGAGCUGGACGUGAGUCCGACUUGUGUGAAUGGACCAUAACUUAAUCUGGACUGACAUAUGACACAUUAUGUCCGGCACGGAACCAUAAAGUCCUCAUUCAGCGCGUGUAAUUGGGACAUGUUCUUGAGUUUAUGGUGUGUUCAUUUCUAAGAAUGAGCCGUCGCUCAGUGGUGAACUUUGUCCGUCUUGGGACUCGAGCUGUCAGCCUUCUGUAUGGAAACUCGCUUCGCCCCUUCCACACUCCAGUAUGCAACGCCUCGUCGCAGCCCAAAACCGGAUUCAAACCGGGGAAAGUAGCAGUUGUUACAAAGACGACGCGGUAUGAGUUCGAGCAGCAGCGGUAUCUCUAUGCAGGGCUCUCCGAGGAGGACUUAAAACAAUUGCUCGCUAUGAAGGGCUCCAGCUACAGUGGCCUGCUGGAGAGACACAACAUCCACACUAACAAUGUGGAACACAUCGUGAAGAGCCUGAGGAGGGAAGGCAUCGAGGUACGAGUUGUGAAGAGAGGAGAAUAUGAUGAAGAAGUAGUUCGAUGGGCAGAUGCUAUUCUCUCUGCUGGAGGUGAUGGGACAAUGCUACUUGUUGCCAGUAAGGUUUUAAGCAAGGACAAACCAGUUGUUGGCGUUAACACAGACCCUGAGAGGUCAGAAGGUCACUUGUGCCUGCCUGUGCGCUACACUCAUGCCUUCCCAGAGGCACUGGAGAAACUCUGUCGUGGUGAGUUCAGGUGGCUGUGGCGUCAGAGGAUCCGUGUGCACUUAGAGGGCACAGGAAUCAAUCCCACAUCCGUUGACCUGCACGAACAGCAGCUGAGCCUGCAGCAGCACAGCCAAGCUCAUCGCAACACCACCAUGGACAGCCAGCAGAGGACAGGAACACUACAUGACAGUUUCUCUAAGACUAGUCUCCUUCCCAUCAGAAGCCUGAAUGAAAUCUUCAUCGGAGAGUCUCUGUCCUCCAGGGUGAAGUUAAACUCCUUCAAACCCCAUGUUAACAUCUUGCUCCAUAGGGCUUCCUACUAUGAGAUAUCUGUGGAUGACGGUCCGUGGGAAAAGCAGAAGAGCUCAGGACUAAGCAUUUGUACAGGAACUGGAUCCAAAGCCUGGUCAUAUAACAUCAACAAACUUGCUGAACAAGCGGUGGAGGAGGUUCUUAAGAUUGGAAAGUCUCAAACGGGUCUUGACAUCCCACUUAACAGUGACAUCAUUGAAAAGGUAACUGAUGAAUACAACGAGUCUCUGGUGUUCAGUCCGGACGACAGACGUUUGUUCUACAGCAUCAGGGAGCCCAUCGUCAACAGAGUGUUCUCCAGCAGUCAGCAGAGAGGCUUCGCCAGCAGGGUGUCCGUCCGCUCUCGGUGCUGGGACGCCUGCAUGGUGGUUGACGGUGGGACUUCAUUUGAGUUCAACGACGGAGCCAUCGCUACAAUCAGCAUGAGUGAGGAGGAUCAGCUACGGACUGUUGUUCUUGAACACUGAAACGAGUCCAGAGCACACGACACUCGACUGGUUUCUGUAAGCCCACUGUUCAAAGGGAAGUACUCUUUAUAGCUUUUAGCUAUAAGUGUUGAAUAUUGCUAGACCUAAGAGAAAGGUCUCAUUGUUACAUUUGAUUUAUUAAAUAUGUGCAUUUUUACAAACUAAGCUUUUUAUUCUUCAUCCUUCUAUCCCUGGGUUACAAUAGGUUAUAAUAAUACAUUUUGCAGAUACUGUGUUAAGCAAAAUGUAAAGUAUGUUACUAUUGACUGUCUUCUUCUGCAUCAAGUCAUAAGAUAACAUAUCAGGUAUGAUUAUUAGGUAUAAAAUCAUUCUGUUAAUAGAAAACAUGUUUUCAAGUUGUGUCUAUUUCAGAUUGCAUUUUGUGAUGUGCUUUCACACCUGUGUAACAAUCUGUUAAUGAUUUUCAAAGGAUAAGUAGGAAUUAUUCUAUAUUAUUUUUAUUGUCAACAUAUCCUAAUGAGUCAGACUCUCACUAUCUGUCGGUCUUUGAAAAUGGCUCACAAAUAUAAAAUGUAAUAUAAAGGUUCUCUAGCCAACGUUCAAAACAUUAAUAUCUCAUCAAUAGCUAUCAUAUCUGUAAAGAUCCAGUGUAGUAAUGUCUACCUAAACAGAGACUGAAGUCUCUCUCCCUCGUGUGUGUUGAUAUCACAGCUUCUACUCUUUGUUCACAUAGCCGUCCAGCAGCGUGCAUGUUAGUGCAUGUGAGCGUGCCCCACUGGUCAGCUCAUGGCUGCUCUGCACUGCUCGCAUACAGCGGUUCCAGCUGAUAACACUGUCCUGACCAACAGUGUCGUCACAGAAGUGUAGCACCCACCAACCUUUUGGUUCAGCUAUUUCAGCACUGUUGCUGUUAUUUGCACUGUUACCUCUAUUAGCACCGUUAGCUGUUAGCACAGUUAGAGCUGCGUGAUAAUUCUAUAUGAUGAUUUAUUGACUUUCACAGGAUUAUAUCAUCUAAAUUGAUAACAAGCACACACUAACUUGUGUGUCUCAGAACAUCUGACUAUUUUGCCCUUAGUUAAAUGAAAAAAUACUCAUCUUUUUUAAAAUCCCAGUAGUUUCCUAAAACUUUUUUAUCAAACGCUACUCAGACAGGAGGAAGUAGAGCGUUUGUUGGGGACUAUUUUCAGCAGCGGAUGAAUCCAGGUGUUGCUCUAGUGAGUAUCUGUAGCAGCAGGAUGGUGUAUGUGGGUCUUAAUAAACUACAGUGUGUGUGUUUCUGUGUUGAUGGUGAAGAAGGAACAUGUCACCAUGACAACAGUGAGGCUCAUUGAUGUGUUUUAAUGGAGCUCUAUGGACAGAGGAAGAAGAGACAUCCACACACUCUACUUGUUAGUAGAUGCUGUUGGUUUGGCUCUGCUCAUUAGAGUUAUUGUCAAUAAGGAAAAUAUAGAUUAGCACCAGAUUUCCCAAAGUCUAAUUGGUGCUUGUUUAAAGGUUUCUACAGUGAACUGAAGGAUCAGUGCCUGUUUGUUGACUAAAGAUAUUUUUGUAACAUAGCCUAUAUUUUUUUCUUGCUGGUUGAACCAUUUGGGCUGAAGUGGAAUAAAAAGCCCCUCCAUGCUUAAAGAGGGCAUCUUGCUCUGUGUUUAGGUCAAAGGUGAGUCCUGUAGUUUUAACCUACCUAACACAAACAUCAAGGUUUCAACAUGAUCUCAUAUGAAGUGAAAUGCUGUUUAUCCCAUGGGGACUAAAUCCUGGAACAAUGCUCUAUGGUACAUGAUGGAAUUAUAAAGACACAGUUAGCCCAACAUUGUGGUGUAGUUGUAAUGAUUUCACAUAUUGAUCAUGAAUCUAGCAGGUCUCUUGUAUAUGCUUGUUAUUCCACUUGAUCAGUCAACAUUGUUGGUGCACCUUCUAACACCUCCCUCUGAACCAGGAUGUGUGUUCUCUUGGAGGACUAGUUUACAAAACCAUCAGGUAAUUGUUAUAUACAGCGUGCCAAAGGCAGGGUUCCUCAUCAAAAUAAUGUGUCAGUCUGUUAGGAUGCAUUUUGUUUUUUAAAUCAAAUAAAGGCAUAUG